ACUGAUGGGAUCGAGAGGGGCUAGAUCUGAUAGAGUUCUUUAGAGGCCUGGGAAAGACGCUCAGAGGAGAGGCGCAAACCCACUAUCGAGUGGAGAGGGCAAGGCUGCUGCGCGAGUGUGAGCAGGGAGAAAUUCCGCCCCGUAAGAUCGUAGAUCGGUUUUAUGAUAUCCUCAAGGAGCAAUUUCCAGGCGAUACAGCAGAUCGAGUAGCAGAAUUCAGUGAAUUCCGUAGAGGGAAAGGCAAGUCGUUGCUGGCCUAUUACAACCGGCUAGUGGAGCUGUCUGAAGACCUCAACUGUUUGGAGGACCGUCUGAUGGUCACCAAGUUCUUAGGAGGAUUAGAUGAAGAAUUAGUCAACGAAAUGAGGAUCGCUCUCUAUCCAAUUCGUUCUAAGGCCACGCUGAGGCAAGUGUAUCAGAUAGCUAAAGAAGCUGAGGAGGGGAGGCGCUAUGUAGACAUGAUGAGAGGAGCUCGUCGACCCCCAGAUCGGAGAAGACCGGUAUGGUCGGCGACCGAAGCGCGGCGACCAGAAGAAGAGAGGAGAGAGAGGAUGAGGGACGAUCGCCGCUGUUACAAGUGCGGAGAAGUCGGCCACCUGCGCAAGGACUGUGUGGUGGGCAUCACGUGCGACCACUGCGGGCAGAUGGGCUACUUCAGGAGAAACUGUCCCAGAGCUCCCACCUGCAGCGAGUGCGGAAAGAAAGGACACCUCAACAGCCAGUGUUAUCGGAGAGGACGAGGACAAGUGGGGAGAACGUCGAGAGAGCAAGAGCUGGAGCAGGAAGUCAAGAAGCUGAGGGCGCAGCUGGGGAAAGCAGAAAUCAACGAAGACCCUGAGAAAGCAAUGAUGGCUUGGGAGGAUGAUGAUGCUGAGGAGGAAGAAGACCAGGAGUCCGAGUAUGCCCUGGUGGCGACUCUACCGUGGGAAAGAGCGGACCUGGGACUGCGGAGCGGCGGGGUGGACGGAAGGAAGGAACUUAAGACAGAGACACGGAGUAAGAAGCCAGGAAGAGAGCCGGAAGAAGGAGGAGACCGAGCAAAGCGACACCCAGAAGACAGGCUGGUGUGCCACACGAGUGCGCUGCUGGCUGAAGCGGGCUCCAUAGCAGUACAAGGAAUGAAGGUGGACAAUGCUAUAAUCGAUACCGGAGCUCAAAGUGUCCUGAUGGGGAGAAAGCUAGCAGAGCGAUUGCGGAAGCAAGGGAAGCUGGAGACAGUAACCAAGGGAAUGCUCAUCAUGACGGCAGAGGGAGGACCACCCAAGUCCACUGGCAGCGGCGUUACAAUUCCCUGAGUGGUUACUGCACUGGUAGUGGAGCACGAGGCCAGGUGGUGCGUGGCCGCGUUCCCCCAUCAGGCGGCACCGCUGCUGCUGUGCCUGCUCACUGCCACCUGGGACAGGCUGUCAAACAGCUUCACUGCCUGCGCUGCUGCUGCUGCUGGUGAAAUAAGCAGGCUUGGGGUGGUAGGGCGGCUGUGUCUCCCUCAGCCACCCUCACCAGGUCGCCACCAACCCUCGGCUGGACUCCAGCCACCCUAUGCCCUCUAUCCCUAUCCCCUCUAUCCCUGUGCCCUCUAUCCCUAUCCCCUCUAUCCCUGUGCCCUCUAUCCCUAUGCCCUCUAUCCCUAUCCCCUCUAUCCCUAUGCCCUCUAUCCCUAUCCCCUCUAUCCCUAUCCCCUCUAUCCCUGUGCCCUCUAUCCCUAUGCCCUCUAUCCCUAUCCCCUCUAUCCCUAUCCGUCCUAUUCCUAACCCUUCUAUCCUUUUCGCCUUUCCCCCUAAACCCUCUAUCCCUUCCUCUUUUAUCCCUAUCCCCACUGUUCCUCUCCCCUCUAUCUCAAUGCCCCUCUAUCCCUAUCCCCUCUAUCCCUAUUCCCUAAUUGGUCCGUUGUAUUUAUUAGAGGAAGAGUACAGGCAAGGCAUGAGGACACCCACAAUGCCCAGCCGGUCCCCUUGCGGGUGUGCGGGUCCUCUUUGGAGAUAGGAUCGGUGACAGUGACGUCACACAGCCAUACCGCCCCCGUGUAGCGGUGGCGGAUGGCGACGUCCGCCCACAAGUUGGCCACCCUCGAGAAGAGGUUGGUCUCCUUGCGCGUGAUGAAGCCGGCCUCAGUGGCUAUGCGAGCGCACUCAUCACAAAGACCGUGAUGGGUGCCCGUUCGUCCAGGGCCCCUUGGCACACCUGAGGAGGUGGUUGGGCAAGCGGGGGUCCUGGAUGGGCUUGCGCUUGGGGCAGUCACACACGUGGGGCGUUGAGAACGGGAGGCCGAGGCGGAAGGCAACUGCCGUGGAAAACUGGCCGGGGGAGAGGCGUAAGGCGGAGGCCAUGGGGAGGGCGUGGAGCCAGUCGCCAGGCCCAGGGCCCACCAAGGACAGGAGGCGCUGAGUGUGCCCCUGUAGCGGGUUGAGCGGCAUCUGGCGAGCCUGGUCAAGCAGGAGCGUAUAACCCUCUGCCUGCACUUGCAGCGCCAGAGCACGCUGCAGCUUGGGCGGGUCUGGGGAGGCGCGCUCGCGCUGCAGCUACUCAGCAGCCGAAGGGGGAAGGGCUAUCCCUAUUCCCUCUGUCCCUAUCCCCACUAUCCCUAUCCCCACUAUCCCUAUCCCCACUAUCCCUAUCCCCACUAUCCCUAUCCCCACUAUCCCUAUCCCCACUAUCCCUAUCCCCACUAUCCCUAUCCCCACUAUCCCUAUCCCCACUAUCCCUAUCCCCACUAUCCCUAUCCCUAUCCCCACUAUCCCUAUCCCCACUAUCCCUAUUCCCACUAUCCCUAUCCCUAUCCCCACUAUCCCUA